ACAUCACAGCUGGAGUACAUUCCAGAGGAUAACUGGAGUAUUUUACAUUGUAAAACUGCGUGAUCUUGAGCAAGGCAUAUUAUGUGUACACAAUGAAGUUGCUGCUUGUUGUCUUGUCCUUGCUGCUGGGUGCUGCGCAGUGUUCUGGUGAGGGAUGUGGAGGAUAUCCUAGCAACGAUCCCUGCCUGCCUGGUGGAGUGUGGGAUACUGUGCUGAAAAGAUGCACAGGCAUAGACUCACAACCAUGCUACCAGUGCUAUUCAGGUGACUACUGCAAGACCAAGGAGGACCCCCUGCAAUGCAAACUGGCCUCUGUGGGGGGUAACCCGGUAUACCUAUCCGAGUACUGGACAGGGGGUCACUCCACUGAAGCCGAGCCUUGCACUCAGACACCAGGCCAUUACAGACCAGCCUACCAGGGCAACCACUACAGCACAAAAGUGGAGGAGAACAUCUUCCCUCCUCUGAAGGAGGCCAUCCUACAACUGCAUAAACUGACUGGCAAUGCUGAGACUGAGGGGUAUUUCAUGGUGACAGGGAUGGGUGCUACAAUGGUGAUACACUCCGCUCUGGCUGUUAUCUCUAAAAGAAUACUACAGGAAUGCAGUAGCUCCUUGGAGGUGUGUCCCACUGCAGUGGAUGUGUUUGCUCAAGCCCCUUACUAUCCAGGUUAUAUUUUCAUAUCUAGUAACUGUCCCAACACUCGGUGGAAUGCUUCUGCUGAUCCUAACUCACCAUUCACCAUAGAGAUACUGACUUAUCCUGAUAACCCUAGUGGAGUAAAAAGAAACCCACUGGUGAUGGACCCCUCCCGAGUGGUCAUGGAUAUGGUCUACUAUUGGCCAAUGUACACUGAGAUUAAUGCUAAACUAGACCACCCUCUCAUGGUCUUCUCAAGCUCCAAGCAUGGUGGCCUGGCCGGCACCAGGUUUGGCUGGGGGCUGGUGAAGGACAAAGACCUAGCUGUAGGCAUGCUACAAGUGGUGGACGGGAUCAUGCUCGACUUCUCUAUUGAUGUUCAACUCAGGGUGCUUAAUGGCCUGCAGGUCGUGCUAGAAGAAGCAAACAAGACUCAGACACACAAUUUCCCCUUCCAUGAGUUUGGUCAUGAAGUCAUUUCGUCUCGUUUCAAGGGGGUGUCUGACCUAUUUUCUUCUUGUCCUGGCCUCUCGCUGACCAAUCAACUGUCUUCGACAGGGGGUUAUGCGUGGAUCAUGUGCUCGGCUGGUAUAAUGGCUAACGGGUCAUGUGAGCAAGUGCUGGAGAGGGUAAAUCUGUAUGGGAUAGAAGGAUCAGUUUUUGGAGCUAUGGAUAACUAUGUGAGAUUGUCGAUGCUUCUACCUACUGUUGAGUUUGACACCUUGUUUUUAAAACUGAAAUAUCUCUGCUCAAUGUUGGGUUAAUUUUGAUACUAUUUUUUAACGUGCAAUAACUAUAUAGAUCGUAUUAUUUAUUAUAAUUAUACAAUGUCCAUUGUAUUACAUGACUGUAUAAUACUAUUAUAGUUACUACUGCACUAGCUACCGUGUAGCGGGUACUUUUCGUUGAUGCAAAUUUUUGUCU